UCUGUUUCACUGCUAAACAACAAACUGCAUCAGACAGAGAGUCAGAGGGCAGGUGAUGCACAGAGAAUGUGUCCUGUGUUGCUAUUGGUGGCUGUAAUCGUAGUGGGCGUGGCCAGAGGAGCUGAAAGUCAAUGCUGGGACCAUCCCGUCUGUCAGGAGGUCAACUCAGAGAGGAGCAUGAUGGAGUGUAUUCAGCUUUGCCACUUUGAAAACAACGAGAAGCCCAUCAUCCCUGGUGAUGCCCACCUGCAGCCUCCUCCCCCAUCGGGCCCUCUUUCUCUUUUACCUUUCCCUCCACCCUUCUUCUCCUCUCCUCAGGCCAAACGCUCCUACUCCAUGGAGCAUUUCCGCUGGGGGAAGCCUGUUGGGCGAAAACGCCGCCCGAUUAAAAUCUAUACCACCAACGGUCUGGAGGAGGAGUCGGCGGAGCUUUUCCCCGGUGAGAUGAAAAAGCGGGAGCUCGCUGGUGAGAUGAUGACGAUGGACGAUAACGAGGGGAAGUUAGCAGAGGGGGGCCAGGAGGAGGCGCCAGAUGACAGCCACGAGAAAAAAGAUGAAAUGUACAAGAUGAAGCACUUUCGCUGGGGCGGCCUGCCGGCAAGCAAGCGUUACGGCGGGUUCAUGAAGAGCUGGGACGAGCGCAGCCAGAGGCCGCUGAUCACGCUCUUCAAAAACGUCAUCAACAAAGAAGCCCAGGAGGAGAAGAGGGAGCAGUGAGGAGAGAGAAAAGAGGGAGGGAUGGAGAGAAGACGAGCAGACAGAAAAGUUUUAUUCACAACUGCAAACAAGUCCUGUGACCAAAUACAAGAUGUGUUUUUGUCAUUGCCACAUUAUGACAGGGUUAUUAAUCCAUGAUGUCAUACGUCCAUGAGCAGCAAAUAUGAAAUUAUUUGAAUAGCCCAGUUGUUACCCCAACACGGUAACCACCAAAUAUUAACAGAUCCAAUCAGCCUUUCUGUACAAAACAACAUUGGGGCUGCUUUCCAUUUGUUUUAGCUGAAUAACCAAGGGAAAGAGAGUGGUCUCAUGUCACUCAGGUUAAUAAUGUUGUCU